AUGAUCAUUUCCGAAGUUAUUGAUACCUGGGCUUAUUUCUUCACAUUUUUUUUACAAGCAGUGUUAAUAGUAUAUGUUGGUGCUAAUUUUUAUGUUUUCACUGAUUUAGCUGAGUUAGAAAUUCCUACCAAUUAUGAUGAACUUGAUAAAAUUUUAAAGGUCGCACGUAUUAUUUUACAGAUCAAG